UGGGGAGGCCCCAUGUUCUCUGGCAUGAGGAUGCUCUGUUUUACAUUUCAGAACCACAGGAACAUAAUAAGGUAUAUAAAGACUGACACGACUGUCUUUCCACUGGAAACCUGUCGUCUUCUUAUCUGCUCUGCCUGCCAACACUACAGCAAAGAUGGCUUCAGGUUGUCAGUUGGUUUUCUUCCUCUGUUUGACCAGUGGACUGUUCUUUGUAGGAACUGUGUUGGCCCAGGACACAAACGAGCAAGAUUCUGGCUGUGAACCUGGAUGGACUCGGUUUGGCUCUCGCUGCUUCAUUUUCUACAACAUGCCAAAGCAGUGGGUCGAUGCAGAGCAUGCCUGUAUUAAAGUCGGAGGGAACCUGGCCUCCAUCCACAGUCCUGAGGAAAAUGUCUUCCUCGCACAGCUGAUUGAAAGAGUGACCGGCCAUCGUUUACACACCUGGAUCGGGGGCCACGACGCAGUGAGGGAGGGAACAUGGUUGUGGAGUGACGGCACAGAGUUCGACUAUGUGCGUUGGAGUCUCGGGGAGCCCAACAAUUAUGGAAUAGAGCACUGCAUUGAGAUGAACUGGGGAGGAAACUACUGGAACGACCAGAAGUGUCACCAUGGAAAGCCUUUCGUUUGUGCCAAGGACCUGUGAUCCAUCGCACCGCAAUGAUGGGAAUCACUUCCUGUGUAAUGUCAGGCUUUAGAGACACCAGCAUUACCUCUACAAAGACUUACAAAUUCUUUUGAUUAUUGAUUCUAAAUCUUUUAUCAUCUGAAAAGCGUUUGACCUCAGGGGAAAAUGCCUCACUAAGCUGAUUGAACUAGAAUUUAGUCACUGAGUUUCAACACACAGCUGUAGUGCUGCAGUAUCCCUGCUGUACACUGAAUAUAUCACACUCAGUGCUUUGAUUAAAUGGUUGGUUUCUCUUUUCUCAUUUAUCACUAAUUGUAACGUGUAAAAUUAUAUUUUGUUUCAGUCAAAGCA